AUGCCAACUGGAAGCGUCGCACGUGUGUAUGCGAACGUCAACGAGACUCUCCAAAAGGAAUACUGGGACUAUGAUAAUCUCCAGGUUCAGUGGGGUGUCCAGGACAACUACGAGAUCGUGCGCAAGGUCGGACGUGGCAAGUACUCCGAGGUCUUUGAAGGCUUCAACACUGUCAACAACGAAAAGUGCUGCAUCAAGGUCCUGAAGCCAGUCAAGAAAAAGAAGAUCAAGCGUGAGAUCAAGAUUCUCCAGAACUUGGCCGGUGGCCCCAACGUCAUUACCCUCUUCGACGUUGUCCGCGAUCCUCAGUCAAAGACUCCCUCGCUGGUCUUUGAGUGCGUCAACAACACCGACUUCAAGAUUCUCUACCCCAAGUUCACCGACUUUGACGUCCGCUUCUACAUCUUUGAGCUUCUGAAGGCUUUGGACUUCUGCCACUCGAAGGGUAUUAUGCAUCGCGAUGUCAAGCCCCACAACGUCAUGAUCGAGCACGAGAAGCGCAAGCUUCGUUUGAUCGAUUGGGGUUUGGCCGAGUUUUACCACCCCGGCACAGAGUACAACGUCAGAGUUGCAUCUCGCUAUUUCAAGGGUCCAGAAUUGCUUGUCGAUUUCCAGGAAUACGACUACUCUUUGGACAUGUGGAGUUUGGGCGCCAUGUUCGCCAGUAUGAUCUUCCGCAAGGAGCCUUUCUUCCACGGACACGACAACUACGACCAGCUGGUCAAGAUUGCACGUGUUCUCGGCACCAACGAGCUGUUUGCUUACUUGGAGAAGUACGAUCUGGAGCUGGAUGUUCACUACGAUGAGAUUCUUGGAAGAUAUCCCCGCAAGCCAUGGAGCAAAUUUGUGACGCCAGAGAACCAGCGCUUUGUCUCGAACGCGGCCAUUGAUUUCCUGGAUAAGUUGCUUCGCUAUGAUCACCAAGAGCGCUUGACUGCCGCUGAGGCUAUGGAGCACCCUUACUUUGACCCUGUCCGCGCAGCUGCCAAGACGCAAUAG